UUUCUUUUUUCCAUUUAUUUUCUCACAAAAUAAGGGAAUUUGGCGUACAGACGGACCGAGCGCGUACCUGUUCAGGACGGGAGAGUGCAGAGUGAAUCGCAGCUCCCCUUCUCCUGCUGUGCAAGCGACCUGAUUCACACGUGUGUCCCAGCAGUGCGCUAUGAACAGAGGCACUGGUCGAGGCAGAGGCUCGUAUCUUACCUGGUCAAGACGUAACUGCCCCAGCAUUAAUCAAGGUUUUUUUAACCGCCCUCAUACCCCACAAGAAACUAAUCGGGAAACGUUUUUACACCAGCGGUUCCUAACAGAGCAGGACACUGAAGUCUGUUUGCUUCAGGGACAGGGAUCAUACCACGAAUCACGCAUCAGAGGGGUGCGAGCUGCGGCACCGGCUCCUGCAGAGAGAUGGCAACCCAACUGCAGCAGAGCAGGAUGGCAUAGGUUCUCCAGCAAGCGUCCGUGGGUAGAAACUUCGCCACGGUAUUGUCCUCAGUACCAUCGUCAGGAGGACUCGGAGAGAGAUUCUGACGCCAUCAGGCUGAAUUUCCAGAGGCUGUCUCUUGCUGGACAAGACUGUGAACAAGAAAUUCUGACGAUUUUCAGGCAGCUUGGGGAGGGGAAGACUUGUACAGUUCAUGAUCUUGCACGUAAACUUAAAACUCAAAAGAAAGAGGUCAACCGUGUCUUGUAUAAACUCUUCCGAGAAGGCAAGUUGCACAAAGGUGGAGAGACGCCGCCACUGUGGAGGAUUGCCAGCCCAAGCGUAGGGAGAGAAAGGAGCCCCACUGACCACAGCGGUGGUUGCACAAAUCCAGCUUGUGAGAGCAGAGGAGGGGAGAGGAGCGCGGUUGGUUCAGGAGACGCCGAUCCCAUGAUGGCUGAGACGAAGGACAAAAUCUGCAACUAUUUGUUCAGCGUGGCAGAAACGACGGCACUCAACCUUGCCAAGAACAUUGGGUUUUCGAGGGCCAAGGAUGUUAAUGCCUUUCUUAGCGCUCUGGAAAAGCUGGGAGAUGUCCACAAGCAGAACACAAGCCCCCCACGGUGGUCCCUGACAGACAGGAAGCGCGAGCGGAUGCAGAUGAGGCUGAAGGCCAGCGCAGUAACGCAGACGGUGGAUCCCAUAUCCGAGUCAGGUUUUCCACCUUGCUCUGUUCCUCCAUGUCCCCAGGAGAUGACCAUAGCUUCACCAGCAGUGACAACAUCGGAAGAAGAAAGUAUAGAAAACGGACAGCAGGCUUUGGGGCAAACUGAUCAGAGCGACACCAGUGACACGGAAGCAGCCCUGCCUGAGGACCCUAAGCCCGAAUUCUCCAGUUUGAGUAAUUAUGAUAACUCUGAAAAUGGCAAGUGGGCCACGGAUGAUAUCCCCGAUAAUCUGAACACUAUCAACAGGCAGCCCAGUGAGUCAGAAUCCAUCAUGAAUUCCCAGUCUUCCCCCAGUUACGCCGCCCAGUUUGAAACUGCUUUCCCAUGUACGCCUGUAGAGAAGUUGAUGGCUUGUCAGGAGAAGAACCCAGUGAGUGGCCUUACCGAAUAUUCCCAGUACAUGUAUCAGCACUGUGAGUUUGCCAUGCUGGAGCAGAGUGGACCUUCUCAUGAGCCACGAUUUAGGUUCCAGGCAGUGAUUAAUGGGCGCCGAUUCCCACCAGCAGAAGCAGGGAGCAAAAAACUCGCUAAACAGGAGGCAGCAGCUAACGCUAUGAAGGUCCUGAUGAGUGAAGCGGAGAAUGGAAGACGUGGUGGAAUUAAAUGUGAAGAGCCGUUUCCCUCCGACAACUCUGAACCGGAAUUGCCUUUGCAUCCAGAGCCAGAGCUGUCGUCUGUGCCAGCUCAUCUCAACCUGCUUCCUGGGAAGCACCCUAUCAGCGUAUUAAUGGAGUACGGACAAAAAUCGGGGAACACGAUUGAAUUCCAGCUGCUCUCUCAGGAAGGCCCACCUCAUGAUCCUAGGUUCAGCUACUGUGUGAAAAUGGGUGACCAAAUUUUCCCUGCUGUGGUAGGAAACAGCAAGAAGGGAGCAAAGCAAAUGGCAGCAGAAGUUGCUGUGAAGAUUCUUUCUGGAGAGUCUGUACCCCAUGUCUUGCCUGAACAGCCUGUCGUGAAGCCCCAUGGUGACCAGUCCAUGCACAGCUGUGGACCAUGGAUCACCACUCCAGAUGAAUCCAAGGUGGCGAAAGCGAAGGGUGUUGGGGAGCUCAUCAAAUACCUUAAUGUCAAUCCUGUCAGUGGCCUGCUGGAAUACGCCCGCUCCAAUGGGUUUGCUGCAGAGUUCAAACUCAUUGACCAGUCGGGACCUCCCCAUGACCCCAAGUUUGUCUAUCAGGCGAAGGUUGGAGGCCGUUGGUUCCCAGCUGUAACUGCACACAAUAAAAAGCAGGGCAAGCAGGAGGCAGCUGAUGCAGCACUCAGAGUCCUGAUUGGGGAAACAGAGAAGACUGAGCGCAUGGAAGGGAUGAACAUCACCGAGUUCCAGCUCCCUGUGAGUGGCAGUACCCUACACGAUCAGAUGGCUAUGCUGAGCCACCAGCGCUUCAACACCCUCACUGCUCGCAUCCAGCACAGUCUGCUUGGGCGGAAGAUCUUGGCUGCCAUCAUCAUGCGGAAAGGAAACAAGGGCCUGGGAGUGGUGGUCAGCAUCGGAACGGGUAAUCGUUGUGUGAAAGGAGAAGAGCUGAGCUUGAAGGGGGAGACGGUGAAUGACUGUCAUGCAGAAAUCAUUUCUCGAAGAGGCUUUGUGAGGUUUCUCUACAGUGAGUUGAUGAAGUAUGACCCAUCUAAUCCUUCCUCUGCAGAAGAGAGCAUUUUUGAGCCAGCGGGAGGGAAGAGACUCAAAAUUAAGAGCAGUGUUACCUUUCACCUCUAUGUCAGCACAGCACCUUGUGGAGACGGGGCGCUCUUUGAUAAAUCCUGCAGCGAUCAGGCGAGUGUGGUGGGGCAAGCCCAGCAUCAGCCUCUCUUUGAGAACCCCAAACAAGGCAAACUGCGGACCAAGGUGGAGAACGGGGAAGGUACCAUUCCUGUGGAGUCGAGUGACAUUGUGCCCACGUGGGAUGGCAUCCAGCAUGGGGAGCGGUUGCGAACCAUGUCCUGCAGCGACAAAAUCUUACGCUGGAAUAUACUUGGCUUGCAAGGGGCAUUGCUGUCACACUUCAUAGAACCGGUUUAUCUCAGCUCUGUUACACUCGGUUACUUGUACAGUCAGGGUCAUUUAACACGCGCAAUCUGCUGCCGCGUGGCAAGAGAUGGGAAUGUGCUGCAGGAAAAGCUCCAGGCUCCGUAUCACGUUAACCAUCCCGAGGUUGGGCGAGUCAGCGUAUACGACUCUGCAAGGCAGACGGGCAAGACAAAGGAGUCUUCGGUGAAUUGGUGUCUUGCUGAUGAAAGCGAAGUUGAAGUCUUGGAUGGCACAAAAGGGAAAGUAGAUGGACCGAAGCUGGAGGUGUCUCGUGUGUCCAAGAGGAAAAUGUUCGCCCUGUUCCAGCAGUUAUGUGCCAAGAACAACUGCAAAGACCUGCAGAACCUCUCUGUGUACUCAGAUGCUAAGGAGGCAGCCACGGCAUACCAAGAAGCCAAGCAGUGCUUCUUCAGCGUGCUGGAAGAGAUGGGCUACGGCAGCUGGAUCCGCAAACCCCAAGAGGAAGAUAAUUUCUCUUUCCCUGAUGCAUAAUGAGGCGCCCCGUGUGGGUGAGUGCACAGGUGUGUGCACGGGUGUACGCGUCCUUCUUUCACCACCUUCUUUUUGAAUUGGAAUCAGGAGCGUGCAGCAGUUUCCCCUGUAGGCCUGGCUGCCUUCUCUCUCUGCUCUUGUUACUCUGAGACCCUGCCCUUUCUCUUUUUAAAACAUGCAUGAAAAUUAUUGUCUUUUUUUGAAGCUAGGGCAGGCUCAGUCCCUGUUUGCUUUUACGUUUUCGUCUCCUUUUUUUAAAAGAAGGCACAAGAAGCCAGAGGGAUUCUCAGACUGCGAGCUUGAAACCUUUGGACUGUGCACUACAGAUCCCUCUGGCAGGUUUUGAGGCAAAUUUUCUCUUUUGAGAAAAAAAAAAAAAAAGCGGGGUGGCUGUGUUUAUGUGUCUCUGUCAGAAGGUGGCUGGCAGCCCGUCUGAGCUGGGACACGGGACUGAUCUCUGCAAGACAGCCAGCAGGACCAGCGUAACA